AUGUCUUCAGAGCCAGUUGCGUGGGAUAGAUUUGUUCGUUACAUUGCGCAAGGGACUGAUCAGGAUAUUCGUUAUGGCGACCCCAUCAUUUCAGGCUCAGACGUGGAUUUGAUUGCUCAGAUUGCAGAGGAAGGAAAACUUGAAGUAAAGAGGUUGCAUGGAAACGAUCCGCUGAGUGCGACACCAACAGGCGAGAUCGACAAAGUGGCGAGGCUGCUGGGACCGCUCGAGCCAGCUCAUGUCCCAAUCAUCCGUUGCAUUGGAUUGAAUUACAAAACACACAUUCUCGAGACCGGACGGCCGCUUCCAACGUGUCCAACGGUUUUUACUAAGCCAGGGCCAGCCGUUGCGGAUCACGGCGAGGACGUCCCAAUUCCUUGUUUCGCACAGGAGCAAUGCGAUUACGAGGGUGAACUGGUCAUUGUCAUCGGCAAAGACGCAAAGAACAUAGUGGAAGCCGAUGCGUUGGACUAUGUGGCUGGAUAUACUGCAGGUAACGAUGUCUCCGCGCGCGACUGGCAAAGAGAAGCUGGGAAAGCAGGGCCUGUUCCGCAGUGGUCCUUCAGCAAGUCAUUCGACAAGUACGCGCCGCUGGGACCGUGUAUCGUAGCCACUCACGUCCUAGGAGAAGCCAACAAACAGUCGCUGAGGACGAUGGUCAAUGGGGAAAUCAGACAGGAAAGCAAUACGUCAGAUCUGUGCUUUGGCGUCCGACGACUUGUCGCAUUUUGCAGUCAAGGCCAGACUCUUCAGCGAGGCUCGUUGAUCAUGACCGGGACUCCAGGUGGAGUCGCACUGUUCAUGAAGCCGCAAGCCUUUCUUGAAGAUGGGGACAGCGUCGAGGUGGAGAUUGGAGGAAUUGGCCGAAUGUCGAAUCGCAUGUCGUUUGAUGCAUGA